CGGAUCUGAGUUCUCUUCUCGAUCCAAAUCGGCGCUUUUCUCAUCCGCCGCCCUCUCCCUCUUCAAACCCUCGAUCCCGAUCCCUUUCACGAACUUUUCGACGGCGGCGAUCGGCGACGAAGACGACGAAGCCUUUGACUAAGCCGACGACGAAGACAAUCGGAAGCUCUGGGAAACGAAUUCGGAGCCAAUCAAGAGGCGAAGUAGGAUAGACUUCCAAUCUUCUUGCACCCAAUCUCUGUGAAAGGCCUAUCAAGCACCUUUCAGGGUAAUUCUUGUUGGAAGAAAUGGAUCCUGGACGUUAUGUGCAACAAGGAUGGGAUGCAAACAGCGCCUUGGAGGGGUAUGGUGCUGUCCAUGAGCCAGAUUUCAGGGCUGCUGGUUCAUAUGGUGGUAGGAGGUAUCUGGAUGAAAGGGAUGUAUAUGCAAGGAAUGUGUUCCAUCGUGACAUGCAUGAGAGGGAUGUAUAUCCGCCACCACCACCUGUUCCUGGCAUUUGGUCCCAGCCUAGGAGAAGAGGUCCCAGCGAAGAAUAUGCAUCUAUUCGGGAACCUAGAAGACAUGACAAGUCAUACCAUGAUCAGUAUCAUGAAAUGGAUAAUUUUCAUGAAGCGGAUAAGUAUCAAGAAAUUGAUUCCUUUCAUGAAGUUGAUAGAUUUAAUGAGAGCUAUAACUAUCAUGAUACAAAUCGUUACCGUGACUAUGGGCUUGAAAGACAUUCAAGGUUUGGAGGCCGAGAUGAUAAUGAUUUAGGCGACACUUAUGACUACCGGAAUCGUAUUUCCCACCGUAGCCGAGAGACGAGCCGUGAGAGAGACCAUGAUUUUGGUCGGUAUAGUUGUGAUUCUGAUCAUGAGAGAGUCAGAAGGGAUGGUAGUUGGCGACGACGUGAAUCCCGUGAUCGUGAGAGGGACAGACGAGGUGUGAGUCGGGAAAGAGAUCCGAGUCCAUAUAGGCGGCAUGACCGCUCUCACUCUCGUGGAAGGGAUGAACGUUCGAGAUCCAGAUCUCCUCGUGGUCGAAGCCGUGGGCGGAGUCACAGAGAAGACAGCAAUGAUGAUGACCGGUAUGAAAAGAGCGAUAAACAUAGGGAUUGGGAUCGUGAACGUGAUGAGAGGAGAUAUCCUGAAUCUUCGGUGGCUCCAUCUGCUACAAUUGUUGUGAAGGGUCUAUCGCAGAAGACAAAUGAGGAAGAUCUUUAUCAAAUUCUCUCUGAAUGGGGACCCCUUCGACAUAUCCGUGUUAUUAAAGAACGGAAUUCCGGCAUUUCUCGAGGAUUUGCUUUUAUUGACUUCCCCACUGUGGAAGCUGCCCGCAACAUGAUGGAUGGUAUAGGAGAGAGUGGCCUUAGUAUUGAUGGAAGAAAGCUGCUUUUUGAGUACAGUAGUAAGCCUACUGGUGGAGUGGGUGCACCUUUAGGUCAGGAGAGCGCUUUUAGAACGGGAUAUGGACACAACAGAUUCUCCGCUGCACCCUCUGACUGGAUGUGUACUAUAUGUGGUUGUGUAAAUUUUGCACGUCGAACAUCCUGUUUCCAGUGUAAUGAGAGCCGAUCUGAUGAUGCUCCUUCAGCUGAUAUGGCCACCUCUAAUCCAGCAUCAGUUGGUAAAAGAGCAUCAGACGCUGGGCCGACUCAUGUUUUGGUUGUUCGAGGAUUGGAUGAAAAUGCUGAUGAAGAAAUGCUCCGCUAUGAGUUUGCCAAACAUGCUCCAAUUAAGGAUAUUAGGCUUGUCAGGGAUAAAUUCACCCAUGUGUCCAGGGGUUUUGCAUUCGUGCACUUUCACUCGGUGGAGGAUGCUACAAAAGCGUUGGAUGCAACAAAUGGGACAACUCUCGAGAAGAAUGGUCAGAUCGUUCGUGUAGCAUUUGCGAAAAGUGUUCAUGGUCCUGGUGCUGGUGCUCCUCAAUCUAGUAGUCUUGCUGCAGCUGCAAUUGAGGCAGCAACAUUUGCACAACAGUAUGAUGCUGUUGGUUGGGCCCCUAAGGAAUACAACCCUGAUGAAAAGGUGUCCGCAGUUGGGAGCGAACAAAAUGGAAAUGGGCAAGCACAAAAAGGCUGUUCAGCUCCGCAAUCUGGAUUUGUAUGGGAUGAAAAAUCUGGUUAUUAUUAUGAUGCUGCCUCUGGCUUCUACUAUGAUGGAAACUCAGGUCUUUACUAUGAUGGCAACAACGGAAUAUGGUAUACCUACGAUCAUCAGAACCAGCAAUAUGUACCUUGUGCUGAUCAGAGCAAUAACAAGGAAACUGCCGAAUCAAUUAAUGAAAGUAAAGCAUCUGAUGGUGCUGGUAGCAAGAAGGUUGUGAUUUCUGCCCCGGCAACUACUACGGCAAAAUCAAAUGAGAAGGCAUCUUUACCCGAUGCUGUUCAAGCAGCAGCAGCAGCAGCAGCAGCUGCAGAGAAGAAAGAGAAGGAGAAGUUAAAAGAGAUUAAACUGGCAUCAAAAAGCAGUCUUUUAGCUAAUAAAAAGAAAAUGAAUAAUGUCUUAGCCAUGUGGAAGCAAAGAAAUCAUGAGGGGCAGGCUGCACGAGUGGUUCUUGAUGAUAAUCAGUCUUCUGGUUUGAGUGAAGAUAAGCAGAUCAGUUCAUUCAAUAUUGGAAAAAGUAAGGUGAAAUCAGACGCAUUUUCUUCAAAAGACAAUGCGAAUAGCUCCAUCUUUUCAGCUUCAGCAGUAAACCGUGGCUCCACUAAUAUGUCUUCAAAUUCUGUCGGUGCGCAUUCGGAUUCUCCAAUCACACCAAGGCCUGUGAGUAAUAGUGCCGGUGGCACAAUAAUGGGUGUGAUUAGGGGUUCAGGUAAGGGGGUUAUAAAGUCUGAUACAACAUUCCCCGGAUUAUCAAGUGCUGGAAGUACUGCUGCUUCAACUCCCAUUACAAGUAUUUCUGGGAUGUCCUCUGUUGAAACCUCUGUUGUAACACCAUUCAAAACUGAUGCAUCAGCAUUAGGUUCUUAUGUACCUCCGGUUUCUGCGAGCGGAAAGCGGAGGUUUUUGGAGGCACCAGCACAAUCAACUACUCCAACAACAUAUAGGGAUCGUGCAGCUGAGAGAAGAAGCUUAUAUGGUUCAUCAUCAACUGCUGUUAGGGAUGACAUGUCAGACCGUGGGGAAUCAAAUUGUGAAUAUGCAUAUAGAAAGGGCUCAGAUUCUAUGCCUUUCCCUCCUGGAGUUGGGGGAGGACGUCCAACUGGUGAUGUUAACGCCCAAAAUUUUGAGGUGAUAACUGCUGACCGGGCCAUUGAUGAAAGCAAUGUUGGUAAUCGCAUGCUGAGGAAUAUGGGCUGGCAAGAAGGACUGGGGCUUGGUAAAGACGGUAGUGGCAUCAAAGAGCCAGUCCUGGCAAAUGUUGCGGAUGACAGAGCAGGGCUUGGAAGUCGGCAAAGGAAGGUGGUAGAUCCGAGCUUGGAGGCUCAAGCUGGGGAUAGUUAUAAAACCAUCAUACAAAAGAAGGCGAUUGCGAGGUUUCGAGAGAUGGCUUAAGUUGGUUUGUAAACAAGGAGUCUUUCUUACCUCCUCCCACUCUUGUAGCUGUUAUUUGUUUACGUUUAUGGGUUUGUUAUUUGUUACUCGUGUAAAUUUGAUGAUAUUUAUGGAAUGGGUUUUGCUGGCCAUCAUUGUAUAAUUGAAUGUCUGCUUGUAUUUAAGCAAGAAGGAUCAUGUUCCUUGCUUUGUUA